UCUCAACCACCAGUUCGGUUCAGUCCCUAAACCGGAAGAAGACGGCGCCGCCAACGAACCGGAAGAAGUCACGAUCUGGGGAGUCCCGCUCCUCGAAGACGACAGAAGCGACGUCGUUUUGCUGAAGUUCCUGCGAGCUAGGGACUUCAAGGUGAAAGAUUCGUUGACCAUGCUCAAGAACACGGUCAAGUGGAGGAGGGACUUCAAGAUCGACGAGCUGGUCGAUGAAGACCUCGUGGAUGAUCUUGACAAGGUCGUGUUCAUGCACGGACACGACAGGGAAGGACACCCGGUGUGUUACAAUGUCUACGGUGAGUUCCAGAACAAGGAGCUUUACAACAAGACGUUCUCCGAUGAGGAGAAGAGGAAGCAUUUCUUGAGGACGAGGAUUCAGUUCUUGGAGAGGAGUAUAAGGAAGCUAGACUUCAGCUCCGGUGGUGUUUCCACCAUUUUUCAGAUUAACGAUAUGAAGAACUCUCCCGGGUUAGGGAAGAAAGAGCUUAGAUCCGCCACCAAGCAAGCCGUGCAGUUGCUUCAGGACAACUACCCUGAGUUUGUGUUCAAACAGGCCUUCAUCAAUGUUCCUUGGUGGUACCUUGUGUUUUACACUGUGAUUGGUCCGUUUAUGACACCAAGGUCAAAGAGCAAGUUGGUGUUUGCUGGUCCUUCAAGAUCAGCCGAAACCCUUUUCAAAUACAUAUCACCAGAACAAGUCCCUGUGCAAUACGGAGGAUUGAGUGUAGAUCCUUGCGACUGCAACCCAGACUUCUCAUUGGAUGAUCCAGCCUCUGAAGUCAUUGUUAAGCCCGGAACAAAGCAAACUGUGGAGAUCAUAAUCUAUGAGAAAUGUGAGAUUGUGUGGGAGAUAAGGGUGAUUGGAUGGGAAGUGAGUUACAAGGCAGAGUUUGUGCCUGAAGAGAAAGAUGCUUAUACGGUGGUGGUUCAGAAACCGAGGAAGAUGAAACCAGCCGAUGAACCGGUGUUAACACAAAGCUUCAAAGUGAAUGAGCUUGGCAAGGUUUUGCUCACAGUGGACAACCCAACCUCUAAGAAGAAGAAGCUUGUUUACAGGUUUAAUGUCAAACCCCUCUGAUAUUUACAAAGAAAUGAAAGUCUUUUAAACCUUUUUAUAAAAGUUUUACAAACAGUGUGGUUUCUGGUAUGCUUGUGUUUGUAUAUGUAAGAGUGUGUACUUUUUCAUAUUGUUAUCAUUUUGUGUGGUUUAUACGAUGGAGCUUUCUACAGCUUUUGCUGUUUAGGGGAGAAUAUGUUUUACAUAACUUUGUGUAAUAAAAAUUCUUUAAUAAAUCUCUCUUCCCUUAA